GUAGGUUGUCUACAAACGGAAGGUUGGUGGUUCAAUCCCCGGAUCCACCUGACCAAGUGUCGAGGUGUCCUUGACCAAGACACCUAACCCCAGCUGCUCCCGACGAGUUGGAUGGCGCCUUGCAUGGCUGACACCGCCGUUGGUGAAUGAGUGCGUGAAUGGGUGAAUGUGAGGCAAAACUUGUAAAGUGCUUUGGAGGGACAUUGAUAUGUGAAAGCGCUAUAUAAAUGCAGUCCAUUUACUAUUAAAUUCUAACAGCUUUAAUCUAAUAUUAAAAUAUUCGUGAUAUAUGAUAAAAAUGUUACCUAUGUUAAUUAAAAACAAAUAUACCAGUGCCGUUAUAUCAACAUAAUGUAGUUCUUUCCUGUUUACUAUGGGGAAAAAACAUGCCAGGUUAACUGAGAUCAACUCGAUCAGUCCAAUGAGUUUAACCCGACCCAUGUCGUCACGCGUCCCGUAAUCAGCUUUGAAUUCAGAGACAACGGCGCGUGUACAUCACACUGCGGCAUCCCUUAUGGCGGCAAAUAAGAGUUUCAGCGGAUUACGAGCCGCUUUCCAUACAUUCAGAAGAAAUCAUCAUCACUGUGUGGGAAUAAUAGGCGCACCUUUCUCCAAGGGACAGAGGAGAGAUGGUGUGCAGAGAGGAGCAGAUCUUAUCCGAGCUGCAGGAUUGGUGCAGAAGCUUAAAGUGCAAGGUUGUAUAGUAAAGGAUUAUGGAAAUCUGACGUUUGAAGACAUUCCCAAUGAUGAGCCUUUUGGAACGGUGAAGAUGCCAAGAUCGGUUGGCCGUGCAAAUGAGCUACUUGCAGGAGCUGUGCACAAAGUCAAGAGCGAUGGCAACACUUGUGUGAUGCUGGGAGGAGAUCACAGCUUAGCGAUCGGUUCAAUCUCAGGUCACGCAGCGUCAAGAAAUGAGCUGAGUGUUUUAUGGGUGGAUGCGCAUGCAGACAUCAACACACCUUUGACCACACCGACUGGAAACAUUCACGGCCAGCCGGUGUCUUACCUUAUUCAUGAACUGCAGUCGAAGAUUCCCAUAAUGCCAAAUUUCUCAUGGGUGAAGCCCUGUAUAGCAGCCAAAGACAUUGUGUACAUUGGACUUCGGGAUGUAGACCCAGAAGAACAUUAUAUCCUGCAGUACCUUGGCAUCAAAACCUUUUCCAUGACAGAUGUUGAUCGGCUUGGGAUAGCGAAAGUUAUGGAACAGACGUGCGAUCACAUGUUUUCAAAGGUGAAAAAACCCAUCCACCUCAGUUUUGACAUUGAUGCACUGGACCCCUCAGUAUCACCUGCAACAGGUACACCUGUAGCCGGAGGCCUGACCUAUAGAGAGGGGAUUUAUAUCACCGAACAUAUCUGUCAAACAGGGCUGCUUUCUGCUGUAGAUAUGGUGGAGGUGAACCCACAACAGGGCAGAACAGAGGAUGAGAUUAAAUCAACAGUAACCGCUGCCGUGGAUCUGUUACUGGGCUGUUUCGGUCGGGUCCGCGGAGGCUCUCAUCCACCAGAUUACAAAAUGCCAAAUCCAUAAAUGAAAAGCUUUGCUUUUGUGUAUUAUGGUAUUAAGAAACACAUGGGUAUGGCUUUCUUUCUUUCACAGAGCACAAAAGAUCUCUACUUCUCUUUUCUAUGCAGUACAAUCGGCUUCAGAAAGUAGGAUGCUCCAUAUUGAUUUUAAAGUUUUUGGGUGAUUUGUUCCUUUAAGGAAGGCUGUAAUAGGCGCCAAUCAUAACCCGGCAUGUGAUUCAGAAGCAAAUGUAUCUUUUAUGGAUGUCUAAUGAAGGUGGCAUUCCUACUGUUUUUAAUUUCUAUACAAAGCAUCAAUUUGAAAGACAAAUACAAAAUCUCAGCAGAGAGCAAAGAAUAACUGCUUAAAAUAAAAUGUUCCACUGCUGAUAUGAUUACAUGAAUAGAUACAAAGCUUGCGUGGACUGUUGGGUCAGUAUCAGAUGGCAAUAGUUUAUACUUUCCAUGUGACCUUAACACUGACCAUUGACUAUGUGGUGUACCCAUGUGGUGUAUUAUUGGGUCAUUGACGUAUUUGGGUAGGAGGUGUUCAUCACAGCUGUACCUUUGGAUUUAAAUAUCAGACUGUUUGUUCUGACACAAAUACCCCGUUGCUAAACAGUCCUGCCAGAGCGAGAAGGAAGUGAGGAAUGAUAGGAAAAUAUGACAUAGGGGAUGUGAAUAGGGGAUAGUUCACCCCAAAACCACAUUUUGUCAUGUUGUUUGAUCCCCAAUGUCUUUCUUUGUUCUUCAGAACCCAAAGACAUAUUUCAAAUUUUUUUAUUGUGACCGCCUUGGUCACCAUCCACUCCCAUAGUUAACCAGAAAACCUUUCAAAAGGACCCAAAAGUGUUAAAAAAUUAACUUCACUUGACUUGUGUCAUAUAUUUUAAGUGUCCUGAAGAUAUUCAAAUAUAUACAACUUCCCAGGUGAGAAAAAGUGCUUUAUUUUUAUAUGCUAAUUUUGUACUUAAAGCUGCAAUCCGUACAUUUUCAGUUAAAAAAUAUAAUUUAUUGAAUAUGUAGAUAAAAAAAUCUCCUUUCCCCAAAUCACAAUGGUAAGCUUAUAAUAACAAUUUAUAAUUUGAGCUGUCGGGUCGGUUUUCCAGCAAAACAGUUUGAAAAAGGCCAUUUGUCUUAACCAAAGACAACUCGUAACCAAAUAAGAGGAGCUGGAAAGUUUUGACCCGUGUCUCUCUUUUAGUGCACAUAUCUGUGUGAACAGAGAUUUUGUGCACUAAUUUUGUACUAAAUAUACUAAAAAUUCUUCUUUAAUACUUCUUAAAAACAUCUAAGUGUACUUAUCUGUGCUAUUUUGAGACGACAUGAAUAUGAACUAAAAUCUGCUAAAAAUGUAUUAAGGUACCACAAAUUUGAAUCCAUCUUUGUUUGAAAGAUUGGUUCAGGUUUACUACAAGUGGUAACUAAAUACAUUUUUAAUACAGAGAUGGUAUGGAAAAAGCUAAUUUUAGUUCAUAUUCAUGGUGUCUCGAAAUAGCACAGAUAAGUACACUACAACUGCCUACACAACAGUUCAGACACAGAGAUGUUCAAUAAAAGAGAAACACAGGUCAAGAAUUUUAUCACAAAUUAAAUUAUAUUUGUUUUUUACCAAACACUUUUGCAGGACUGGAGGUAUUUAUAAAACACUUUUGGGUCCUUUAAAGCUUGAGGAGGUCGGUCACCAUCCACUCCCACAGUAAAAAAAAGGCGGGAUCAAACGAUAUGAGGGUAAAUAAUGACAAGGUUUUCAUUAUUGGAUGAACUAACUCUUUAAGCCAUGAGCUCUGUGGUCUGAUGAUCAGAUGUUAAUCUCACAGCUGAGGAUUUAUCCUUCAUAUUGUCCUGCACACGUCACACACAGUAAUGCACCGAUAAGCACCUGUCCUGUCCUGGCCAUCACAGUGGAAAUGAAAUCUGUCUCUGUAAUUGUGCCACCUGUGGGGCAAAUAUUUUAGUGUGACAGCGUGGGUGAUUUAAUGUUGAUUGACUGAAGCACUAGGGCAGGAAAAUGUGCUGUAUUAAGACAGAAAGUCUUGUCUAUCAUAAUCACUAAAUCUAUUUAUACUAACUGGAAGCAUUAAAUGCUCAUUCAGAUGACCGACAGCAUAUCUGUUUUAUCACUUCAAACUCUUUUUGAUUGUCUGUCGCAUUCGAAAUAAAAUAAGUGUACUAUUGAAAUCAUGUGUCAACUGAUUAC